GCCAUGGCGCGUACUAAGAGCGCAACGACGAAACGGUCCACAGCCGCCGGGAAGUCGGAGAAACAGCGCCGUACCAACGCUGAAAGGUCGGCGUUCUUCGCCCGGAGAGAGGCGGCUAAGGUAUUGCGGCUCGUUCUCCAAGGCGACGCUCGGCGCCGUGCCGUCGGCUCCAUCAAGUCGCUGGUCUACAGGCCCUCCGUGAGGAACAAGAAGGCAACUUUCGCUCUCGUGUGUCAAACCCUAAAACAUCUUUGUAUCAUAAAAGAAGUGUUGAAUGCUGAUGGCAUACUCAAUAGCAAGUGGAAGAAGCAAGAGGAGUUGGUUUAUAUAAUAGUGUACGACAUUCUUUUCGGACAGGCAAUUUUAUCUACUGGUGACGCGGAGAAGUUUCUGUCAGGCCGAAGAGAUGCUCUGGUGUCCGGUCUAGCUUCGCUUUUGAAGAGAAGAAAAGUAAAGAACGUCCAAGAGUUGAUAGCUCUUUAUCAAUCUCCAGAUAUUUCAAAGCCUCGUUAUGUUCGUGUAAACACUCUGAAACUAGAUGUUGAAUCUGCACGACUGGAACUGGAGAAACAAUAUUCGGUUCAAAAGGACGAGCUCGUCCCUGACUUGUUGAUACUUCCACCGGGUUGUGAUUUGCACAAUCAUCCCCUUGUUGUGAAUGGGAGUAUUUUUUUGCAAGGAAAGGCAAGCUCUAUGGUGGCAGCAGCGCUGGAUCCUAAGCCAGGAUGGGAGGUUCUUGAUGCAUGUUCUGCCCCGGGGAACAAAACUGUGCACCUUUCUGCUCUCAUGAGAGGGAAGGGAAAGAUUGUAGCAUGCGAGCUGAACAAAGAGAGGGUUAAACGUUUGAAUGACACUGUCAAACUCUCUGGUGCUUCUAAUAUAAAGGUUUUGCAUGGGGAUUUCUUAGGUUUAAAUGCAAAUGAUCCUUCGUAUUCUAAGGUCCGAGCCAUUCUUUUGGAUCCUUCCUGCUCUGGAUCUGGGACUGCUUCUGUGAGAUUAGACCAUCUGCUUCCUUCUUAUGCCGCUGGUCAGGCAGGCGAUGGUGGUGACGAGGAAAGACUGAACAGGCUUGCAGCUUUCCAGAGAAAGGCUCUUGAGCAUGCGUUAUCUUUUCCAGCAGUAGAGAGAGUCGUCUACAGCACUUGCUCUAUCCACCAGACUGAAAAUGAAGACGUCGUAAAAUCCGUUUUACCUCUUGCCACGUCCCAUGGUUUCCGUCUCGAAGCUCCAUUCCCUCGAUGGCAGCGGCGAGGCCUUCCGGUUUUUGAAGGAGCUGAAAAUUUGCUUCGGACGGAUCCCGUUGAGGACAAAGAGGGUUUUUUCAUUGCUCUUUUUGUCCGGGAGAACCACUCACAAAACCCCAAGGGACACACCAAAAGCAUACCUAGUAAAAGGAGAGAUGAAAGCAUUAACAAGAAAGAGUUUGUUGUUCCGCCAGUGUCAGCUAAAUUUUUUAAAUUGUGGUUAUACGCUCUGCUCAAUUAUCGGAAAACAUCCUUGUCAAGACGCGGCAUUUACAAGACAGUACAAUAAUGUAGUGGCAUUCCCUCUAGUUUUUAUUUAUUUAUUUUUUUUCUUUUUUGGGGAUUUACUCAUCUAUUCAUUUUCCAUCUCCAUCAUGAUUAUAGAUUUUGGUUUUCAAGUCAAUUGCUUUCAACUCAGUGAUCUGUUUAAAAUUAAGCAUUUCUCUGUCUGGAAAAUGAAUUGAAGCAAGAAUAAAAAGGGAAAUACUUUAUUUUUUAUU